UACACCUUUAAUAGGGUUCGAGUUUCCACACGGCCAUAUUUCCAUGUUACAAGGCUUGUUAACUGAAGACAGAGUGGACUAUCUGUGCUGAUUAGCUGUCGGCGUCUCUGAACACCUGGAUGGAAACGGAAGACAAAAGCCACAAAACGGAUCACUGAAAAAUACUGUUGGCUGCAACUGUGUUACAACAGGUUAAAACAAAGGAAGCAAACACCCACAGUCGAUGGAGAGUGGUCAACACAACCAGCGGCAGGUCAACCACCCAAGGCCCUUCUUCUAUGUUCAGCCGGCUUCUCAACCUUACUACAACAUGUAUCAUCAUCAGUGGCAUAAUAUGAACAACCCGUAUAACCACUAUACCUUACCUGGUUCAGGAAGUUAUCCUUUUGGACGUCCUAGUUCAUACAUGUCCCCAUACCCAUACAUGCAGUAUCCUGGUCAAUACAUUGUUCCACACAUGCAUCCAGUUGAUUACAGAUGCAUGUACGACCCACCUCGUUUCCACCCACCUCUGGUGCAUGACCCCAUGUUCCACCAGCAGCAACAACAACACUACAGUGCUCAGGCCCAGAGAGAGGUGGCCAGUUCGGAGGCUCAGACCCAGUCCAGUGAUGCUCUGUACAAGCUCACCGACUGUCUGGAAAAACUCCAGACCAACGAGAAGCAGGGCUCUGAGAAAGAGCUUGAUUCCAGAGUUGUUUCCCAAGCUUCUGGAAUCUUCUCGUCAGAUAAUAAGGAAGGGAAACGUGAGGUGGGGGGAGACAUCAUACACAGUAGUCAUGGAGCCUCGUAUGGUAAGUUGGAAAGCAGCCAUUUGCAAUCGUCGUCUCCACUGGGCAGGUUGUUCAGCGUCAGUGACUCCACAGCGGCGGUCUAUGACGACGAGUCGAGUCGGAGCCUUGGAGACCUGGGGCUUCAGGAGGGCUGGGCUGUAGACUCUGACGAGGAGCCCCCAUUGGAAAGCUCAUCUGAUCACGAGGAGGAUAACCCGGAGAUGCGGCAUCAUGCAGAGGAUGAGGAUGACUAUCUUCGUAGCUGUUCUUCGGAGAAUCUUUGCCUCCUGUCUGCCGUCUCACAGUCAGAUGACAGCCCCAGACCCGAAGACCCAGACAACCAGGCAAAGGAGGGUACUAGUUCCACUGAGGGACCUCUGAGGCCUCAGAGUCACUGCUCCAACCUGCUCUCCCCCCAGUCACUACCAUCACCCUUAGCCUCUGACUGGCAAGCCUUAGAGCACAUUAAACACGGAGGAGAAACGUUUGAUGUUCCAGAUGGGAGUCUGUGUGAACUGGAUGUUGACCUGUCCUACCAGAUCCUCUGUCUGCCCUUUGACAAGGUGUUUACAGCAAGCGCUCUGCAGAAGGACAUCUCUGCCAGCUCCAGCUCUGCUCUGCUGUGUGAAGACCUCCAGGCCUCUCUGUCCUCUGGCCGUUCUCUCGCUACUUCCUCCACCACCCCAGUCCGUCACCACCACUACUGCCACCCACAGACGGCUCACGAGAGGCUCAGUGUCCUGUGUUCAUCCCUGGACGAGCUCUCUUCCCGGGACGAGAUGUUCUCCACCGAUCUGGAGGACGCGGAUGUGUUUCCCGGAUGUUCAGUCUACGCAGGAGGGAGGUUCUCUGCAGACCUCGGAGAGGCAGAUGUCAAGGAAGUCUGUCCCCAGUCCAAGAAGCUCAUGUGCGUCUGCUGUGGAUCGAGCCUGCUGAAAGGAGGAGAGGUGAGCAGCAGGGUUAAAGUUCAUCACAGCCCCAGGGUGUACGCCGCCGGGGACUCUGACGAGGUGGUCGAGCAGGAACAACCCAGAUCUGUAAGGACUUGUGAGAGAACGCACCCCAGUAAGGUGGUCGUGAAGAAGCACCCUGUCCACAAGAAACACCAGCCUCUCCCUCUACACAAGCACAGCUGUAAGAGAGGCCAGUGGAGAGAGGCUAUAGGGCCCGAGGAGCAGGAACCAGAAACGGUGCUGGUGGGAUCAGAGCUGGAGUAUUAUGAAGGCCAUGUGGUGGAGGGGGAGAGUGGACACGGAACUGGGGAUAAGCAACACAGGACAUAUGGACUGUGCCGAGACAGCGUUAAUACUUCAGAUCCGGGUACAUGGGAGAGUGGAGGUGCCAAGCCUAGACAGAAACCACACAGCUCACUGCCACAACAAGCGAGACUAGCACUGAGGAAAGCUCUGUGUAAGCCGCUGGUAUACCAGAGAGUCAGAGAUGAGGAAAAUGAUGACGAUGAGGUGCCACAACGAUUUCAGAGGAAAAGGGUCCACCAAGAGAAGAAACACAAGGUUUUGAUAUCACAUCCUUGAUGAAAUCAAAGAAAAUGU